UUCCUCCUCGUCCCCACCCAAAAUGACGGCAAUCACCAGGAAUCUGCCCUGGUUCAUCAAGGACCUCGGUGUCUCCAUCGUUGGCCAGAAAUGCUACACGUCCAUCGUCGAGAACCUGAAUGUAGCCGACAUUGAGUGCUUGAAGUACUCGCUCUCCAAGGGCCUUGGGCUCGGAAUUGUCGUCGGAGGGUCGAUCAUGAAGGUCCCCCAGCUGCUGCUCAUCGUAUCCGCACGUUCCGCGCGCGGCCUCUCGCUCACCGCCUACGUGCUCGAGACCCUUGCCUACGCGAUCACCCUCACCUACUCCUACCGCAACGACUUCCCCUUCUCAACCUACGGCGAGAACCUCUUCCUCACCCUUCAGAACGUCGUCAUCACCCUCCUUAUAGUCCAUUACAACCCUCCCGCCUCCCUCGCCGCGCGCAGCUCUCUCCAGCGCACAAUAAUCUCCCUCCAGGCCGCGAUCGCCUUCGCCGUCGCGCUCGUCGUCCUCCCCCACUCCACCAUCGCGCUCUUCCAGCUCGCGACCCUCCCGCUCUCGCUUUUCUCCAAGCUACCGCAGAUCCGGCAGAACCACCGCGCGCAAAGCACCGGUCAGCUCUCCGCUUUCGCCGUCAUCUCCCAGGUCGGCGGCUGCCUCGCCCGCCUCUUCACCACCGCAACGGAGGUCGGCGACCCCAUCGUCAGCGCCGGCUUCGCACUCGCCCUCGCCCUCAACGUCGUCCUCGGUAUUCAGAUGUGGAUGUACUGGGGCAAGGAUGCGAAGGAUGUCGAGGAUGGACCCACGAUCGGCGUUUCGGACGAGAAGAGGCCCGAGCAUCACUGGACGCCUGCCGCGCACAAAGUCGAAGUCAUCGUCCCUCCCGCGUCCCCUGGCCGCGCCAGCCCUCGGCCAGGCGCCAGGAGGUGGUCGAGGAAGGUCGAUUGACCUCUCUACGCGAGUCGUGUUCCGCCUGUAAUCGUAUUUGAUCAUCUCGCUAUUUCCUGGUUAUCCUAGUGCACACUGCGUAUAUAUAAUUUGCGUUACAACGUCG